AUGGAAUCAGCCUCUAAAAAGAACAGCGCCACAAAGAAGGCGGCGCCAUUGCGUGUGAUCAUCAAUGUUUUGGAUAUUUUCAUUGAUUCCAUUCGUCAUCCUACCGUUGAACCAAUUAUAUUCCUCGUUUAUUUGGGUUGGAUAUUCAGUGAAACUUUACAAUCGCCAGCUUUUUAUAGACGAGUUUGUGAAUUAUAUUUCGGUGGUAUUGCCAGUUGUUCGCCAAUCCUUAAUGCAACCGUCGAAGAUGAAGUUCAGAUGCACGCGGCUGAAUGGUCACUUUUCACCAACCUCGCAUAUCUUCUGCCAGCUAUAUUCGUUGACAUUCUUUUAGGCGCAUACGCUGAUCGGAAUGGUCGUAAAGUGAAUAUAUUGAUUGGUUUAAUGGGCAUCACAAUAUCUCAAAUCGGAUUCAUGCUACUUUUCACGCAGUCCAUUCAGAUGCCGCUGUGGUCGAUGAUCAUUUUCUUUGCCGCUUCGGGUACAACUGGUUACAUGUCAAUGAUUCCCGUUUCUUGUAAUGCAUAUUUGGCCGACAUAACGGACGAUAACGACAAGCUGAUGAUUCGUUCGGGUAUUUUCACGGUUUUCCAAUCGAUUGCAUCGGUAAUCGGCGCCACUGUCGCUGCGGCUCUCAGUUGGUUAUCAGUUACGCUGUCCAUCUACAUCGAACUAGGCUUAUUCGCCGUAACGAUUUUAUAUGUGUUCUGGAAGAUACCGCAAAAACCUGCAGUUGGACAUGGCAUCUCCGCAGAGGCAAAUAAAAAAAAUUGUCUGGUCGAAGCCGUCGAUUUGCUCAAAGAAGGUUUAAAAUCGUAUAGACGCAAACGACCAGGACAUCGAAGGGCGUUCAUAUUCAUAACGGUCACAGCACUUAUGGUAUUAUUAUUGACAGUUACGUGUUUCGAAGGACCGAUCGUGGAUCAUUGCAAUGGACUCAACGAGAGCUUGGCUAUUGGAAUGGGAGUGGUUUCUCGAUAUGUACGCGUUUCUUCAGUUGAUCCAUUUGAUUUGCUCGUUGAUCUCACUUUGAUUAUUGGAACAUUGAUCGGUAUGUAUUUGUUCAAGCAAGUGCUGCGAUGUCGUCAAACAACAGUGAUACUAAUCGCAAUAGCCUCAAGUACACUACGAGCACUUGUCAUUGCAUUAGCAACACAAUCGUGGCACAUGUAUCUGGCGAACGCUAUUGGAUUGUUUGCUGCACUCAUUCAACCAGCCGUCGUUUCGUUCAUCGCACAGUUGGUACCACUCGAAGAAAUCGGUCGAAUAUUCUCGCUGUUUGGUAUUGGAUGCGAUUUGACGUUUAUGGUGGCCACGCUGAUCUAUUCGAAUAUAUAUCGUCUGACUGAGCAGUGGCUACCUGGAUUUCUUUUCUUCUUUAUUGCUGGAGUGCAGCUGAUCAUUUGGCUGGCAAUGCUUUGGGUGCAUAUUAAAAGUAUUUUGGAAGGAGUUGGAGAGCGAAACUCGCAGGUGGAUGAUAUCAGAAAGACCAUAUCAAUGAUCGGCAUUGAAAACUACCAAUCGAAUGGUGUCGACGAAUCAAACGUUUCGAAAAGUGCUCGUGAGCCAAACAAGAAAAUCUCCAUUUAUGAGCAUGCACUGGAGCGAGUCGAAAAGUUGAAACAAGAGCAAAAUGGUCGUAAUGCGGGGGACUUUUUUGACGGUUAUGAAGCACCAGCCAGAUACGUACAGGGAUCGUUUUAUUGA